GGACCAAACACAGUGAAGGCGCGACUUAACACAGCCUUCAAAAUUCCUGUGUACACCGAAGCAUUAACCAGUAUAGCCGGUGCUGCUGUCUCCGGUUCGUUGUUGUCAUGACUCAGUCAGUUGUUGUCCAAGUCGGGCAGUGUGGAAACCAGGUCGGUUGCAGAUUCUGGGAUCUGGCUCUGCGCGAGCACGCACACGUCAACAAGAGAGGAUUGUACGACGAGGCCCUCAGCAGCUUCUUCCGUAAUGUGGAUCCAAGGAAAAGUGAUGGUGGAGCCUGUUGUGUUGGAGGGAGGAUCCAACACCUGAAGGCUAGAGCGGUCYUGAUCGACAUGGAGGAGGGCGUGGUCCACAGGAUCCUGCAGGGCCCACUGAGGGAGGUGUUCGACAGCGCUCAGCUCCUCACGGACGUUUCGGGUUCAGGCAACAACUGGGCUGUUGGAAACCUGACGUACGGCUCGGCCUACAUGGACUCCAUAGUGAACAAACUGAGAAAGGCAGCCGAACACUGUGACUGUCUGCAGUGCUUCUUUCUCAUUCACUCAAUGGGAGGAGGUACAGGGUCCGGUCUGGGGACCAGAGUGCUCAGCCUGCUGGAGGAGGAGUUUCCUGAUGUUUGUCGCAUUGUCACUGCCAUGUAUCCAUCAGCAGAAGACGAUGUCAUCACUUCUCCCUAUAACAGUGUCCUUGCUAUGAAAGAGCUGACAGAGCAUGCAGAUUGUGUCCUGCCUGUUGAAAACCAGUCUCUGGUGGACAUCGUGAACAAGAUCAGUCUCAUGUCUCAUGAUGCAAAACCUGGAUGUGUGCUAAAGAAAGAAAGCACAGUCACCUCUGGACAGGGAGGGGUCAGUCCAACAGAGAGGCCAUUUGAUGCCAUGAAUAACAUAGUAGCUAACCUGCUGCUCAACAUCACCAGUUCUUCGCGUUUUGAUGGUUCUCUCAACAUGGAUUUGAAUGAGAUUGCCAUGAACCUGGUCCCCUUCCCUCGUUUACACUACCUAGUUCCCAGCCUCACACCCCUGUACACACUGGCGGAUGUCAACAUUCCUACUAGAAGAUUGGAUCAGAUGUUCAGCGACGCCUUCAGUAAGGAGCACCAGCUGAUCCGGGCCGACCCGAAGCACAGCCUCUACUUGGCCUGUGCUCUGAUGGUCCGGGGCAACGUGCAGGUGUCUGACCUCCGCAGGAAUAUCGAGAGGCUGAGACCAUCGCUGCCCUUUGUAUCGUGGAAUCAGGAGGGCUGGAAGACGGGCCUGUGCUCCGUCCCCCCUGUAGGACACACCCACUCCCUGCUGGCGCUGGCCAACAACACCUGUGUGAAGCCCACCUUCAUGGAGCUGAGAGACCGCUUCACAAAGCUCUACAAGAAGAAGGCUCACUUACAUCACUACCUGCACAUAGACGGCAUGGAGCARAGCACMUUCUCUGAGGCGCUGUCYUCUCUCAGUGCACUGAUUGAGGAGUAUCAUCAUCUGGACGCCACAAAAGCCCGACUCAUACCGGACGCACCCAGACUCUCCAUCGCCAGAUGAAGAUCCACUCAGACAUUUCACAAAAUACUUCCCAAAAAAAACCACACACACCUUUUGUAAUUUUGAUGCAUUUAAUUUAUGAUGUGAAUAAAAUCAAAUUUUCUGUUGGAAUUAAAAAGAACAUGUGAGAAGGUUGA